AAAAGCACUCCCUCAUACCACUUAUCCACUUCUUUAUAAUGUGCUAAUCGUUGGCAUUUACCGUUUUGCUAGCUGUAAUUAUUUAACUGCAUGCCUUUCUUGUGAACGUAAAUAUGUGUUUUUAAAUGCAAAUAACACAUACACAUACAUAUAUACAUAUUUGCUUUAAGCCUGCGAGUUAGUUAUAUCCUUAGCUGCCGCACAUAAUUUUUGCUAUAAAUAUGCGUGUAGGUUUUGAAUUCUUCACAGUUUGUGCUCGGUAAAACACGGAAUAGCUUCUUUUAAUAUUUAUAACAGUGGAAUUAAUAUUGCAACGAAAUUUAUAAUACCGAUCGGAUACGCAGCUUAUUGUGUACGGAAGUUGCAACAAAUCUAUUGAAAUACGUUUAAUCGCGUUAAAGGAUUUUUGGUUGCCAACUUCCUUCAACAUGUACAUUAAACAAACAAUACUUUUUAUCACUUUGAUGAUUUGCUUUUGCCAAAAUGUAUUUGUAUUGGCACAGCCCGUCGGUGAUGAGCUAAGCACAUGCGAAGAUCAGCUUACAAAAUAUCGUCGCUUUUUACUACAAGCCAUUUUGAGCUUUGAAGAUGUCUGUGAUGCGUACGACUCACAUCCACUUAAUCCCCUUGAAGUUUUAUAUAGACAGGACCAACAAGACUCCGCAAACGCGCCGCUUUUCCGUGCACUACAAACGGGCAGCAGCGCCAGCGAGCAACGUAAUGAAAUUUGGGCUUUUUUCAAACUAUUGAUGGCACAAUUUAACGAUAUGGAUUUUGUCAACAUCAUUAAGGAGGCAGUUAUUGAUCGUUGUCGCAUGAAAUCCCAACUGCAGCAUGACGAAAAACGCAAUUCCGUUGUAUUGGGUAAGAAGCAGCGUUUCCAUUCGUGGGGCGGUAAGCGCGCACACUUUUCGACUGACGACAGAAGCAUGGACAUGUUGUAAAUGGGAGAAGCUGGUUUAAGCAUACAACAUCUUUAGAAUUUUUUCCGGGCUGGAUACCUUUGUUUACUGUAUAUAACUAUCAAAAACUUUAACACAAACACAAAAUCAUGUAACUUUCAAACUAUUGCUUGUUGGCUGCAACUACAUUAA